CUUCUUUCCCGCCUGCAAAAUGGCCGAUUCCAAGGUCUUCUCCCUCGAGGGCAAGGGGCUCAAGCUCGACACCGCCCAGGACAUCGAGCCUCACAUUGCCCCGCUGAUCGCGAUGGACGACGUCGAGGAGGUUCGCUUCCUGGGCAACACGCUGGGCGUUGGCGCCUGCGAGCGCCUUGGUGAAGUGCUGGCCACCAAGAAGACUCUCAAGUCCGCAAACUUCGCCGACCUCUUCACCGGCCGAUUGCUCAACGAGAUCCCUGCCGGCAUCUCCCACAUCCUCACCUCUGUCCUGAACCACCCCAAGCUCACCACCAUCAACCUCAACGACAACGCCUUCGGCCUCAACACCCAGGCCCCGCUCGUGGCCUUCCUGUCCUCCCACGUGCCCCUGCAGCACCUCUACCUCAACAACAACGGUCUCGGCCCUCACGCUGGCAUCCUGGUCGCCGAUGCGCUCUCAGAACUCCACGCCAAGAAGGAGGCCGCGCGCAAGGAGGGCAAGGAGGUGCCCGACCUCGAGACUGUCAUCUGCGGCCGGAAUCGACUCGAGAACGGCAGCAUGGCCGCCUGGGCCAGGGCCUACAGCCUCCACAAGAACAUCAAGGAGAUCAAGAUGGUGCAGAACGGCAUCCGACAGGAGGGCAUCUCCCGCCUGCUCAGCGAGGGUCUCAACCACGCCAGCCAGCUCCGCAUCCUCGACCUGCAGGACAACACCUUCACCAUCAUGGGCGCUAGAGCCCUCGCCAAGGUCGUGCCCACGUGGGCGGAACUGCAGGAACUCGGCGUCGGCGACUCUCUGCUGAGCGCAAAGGGCAGCUUGCUGCUGGCCGCGGCGCUGGCCCUCGAGAAGAACAAGAAGCUGGAGACGCUGCGCCUGCAGUACAACGACAUCAAGUCCGAGGGCGUCCGAGCCCUUGCCAACGCCGCCAAAGUCGCCCUGCCCGCGCUGAAGCGCAUCGAGCUCAACGGCAACAAGUUCACCGAGGACGACGACGCCAUCCUCAAGCUGCAGGAGCUCCUCGAGGAGCGAAAGGAGCAGUUUGCCGGCGACAUCAUCAUCGAGGACGAGUGGGGCGUCGACAGCCUCAGCGACCUCGAGGAGGAAGAGAGCGAGGAGGAGGAGGAGGAGAGCGAGGAAGAAGAGGAGGAGAAGGAGAAGGAGGAGGAAGUCGAGGAAAAGGCCGACAAGCUCAUCAAGGAUGCCGAGGUGGCUCAGGAGGAGCCCGUUCCCCAGCGUAAGGAUGCGGAAGUGGACGACCUGGCCAAGAAGUUGGAAAGCACUCAGCUCUGAUUGCCAGGCGAAUACUCCCUUCUUCUU